ACGCCCAGUCAUGUAACUCAAAGCGCUCCUGGGACUCAGAAUGGCACCUUGUGACAAGCAGCAAGAUGAAAUUUGACAGCAUACUUUCUGAAAUCAAUGGAUUUGGAAAAUUCCAAAUUACCUUAUUCUUAAUUCAGAUGUUAUCAAGAAUUACUCUGCCAUGUCAUUUCCUGCUGAACAACUUCAUGGCAGCCGUUCCAUCUCACCACUGCGACAUCAGCUCCCUGGAGGAUGGAGGUGUGUUCGGAAACUUGACAGAUGGAGAGAAACUGGCAGUCAGUAUUCCGGCUGAGCGUGACGGAACUCUGAGCUCCUGUACGAUGUUUGCAAAACCACAGUAUCAGUACUUGCCAGGAUCAAACAGUAGUGAGGAAGCUUUUCCUGUUAAGUGUCAAAAUGGAUGGAGCUAUGACAAUAGGACAUUUAAAUCUACUUUGGUAACGGAGUGGGAUCUGGUGUGUCACAGGAAAGGGAUGAACAAAGCAACAGCUACCAUUUUUUUCAUUGGUGUCAUGAUUGGAGCCCCACUGUUUGGGUUUCUCAGUGACAGGUUUGGGCGAAGGCCAGUGCUGCUUCUCUCAUAUCUAUCCUCCUUGACGUUUGCAGUUCUGAGUGCGUUUUCCAUGUCCUAUGUCAUGUUCAUCAUCAUGAGAUUUUUUACCGGGAUGUCCCUUGCAGGAAUAAGUAUUAUCUCCAUUGCCUUAAAUGUUGAGUGGUGCAGCAUUGAACGCAGGACUUUCUCUGGCGUAAUCAUAAGCCUGGAUUGGACUCUUGGGAACUGGAUGUUGGCCGGCAUUGCUUUCUUUGUAAAUGAGUGGAGGAUGCUCAUUCUUGCUGUGACUUCUCCCCUGGUUUUAGCCAUUAUUGCAUGGCGGUGGCUUCCAGAAUCUGCAAGGUGGCUCAUGGCAAAAGGGAAAACAGAAGCUGCUCAUCAUUACAUCGUGCAAUGCGCUAAGAUGAACAACAGAUCCAAAUGUAUCUCCACCCUCACACCAGGGACUUUACUGGAAUCUGCAGAAGUUCAAACUGGAAAUAAGAAGUACACUGUCUUAGAUCUUUUUAGAUCUCCAAAUAUUAGAAAACUUGCAAUAUGCUCAGGAAUUGUUUGGUAUGGAGUUGCAUUUACAUAUUAUGGAAUAAGUCUGAAUAUCACAGGGUUUGGACUGAACCCAUACCUUACACAGUUUAUAUUUGCAUCCAUUGAAAUGCCCAUGAAGAUUGGUGUCUAUUUCUGCUUGGAGAAACUUGGCAGAAGGCACUGUGAGAUGGCAGCCUUACUGUCCACUGGUGUCUGCCUCUUCAUCAACAUAUUUGUGUCAAUAGAUCAUGUGGUCAUUCGUACCGUUGUGGCAGUCAUUGGAAAAUCCAUGUCAGAGGCCUCAUUCACAAUAAUGUUUCUCUAUACCACUGAACUAUAUCCAACAGUUGUGAGACAAAACGGUUUAGGCUACACCUCGUUCAUGGCACGACUGGGCGUGUCCAUAUCCCCGCUCGUCAUGCUGUUGGAUGAUGUGUGGCAUCUCCUCCCCGCGGCCACGUACUGUGCAGUGGCAGUCGGUUCUGGUUUACUUGCUUCACUCCUUCCUGAAACAUUAAACACUCAACUACCAGAGUUUAUUGAAGACCUGGAAAAAAAAAGAAGAGAUGUUUCAAAAGAACCAGCUGUUGCAUCAUUAUCCAGCAAAAUGAAGUUUGACGAUGUCCUGGCAGAGGUCAAUGGCUUUGGGAGAUUCCAAAUAAGGACAGUCUUUUUGUUGGUAACUGCUCGCAUAACUUUGCCAUUCAACUUUCUUCUGAAUAACUUCAUUGGCGUCAUUCCCUCUCACCACUGCAACCUCAGCCCUCUGGACGAUGGUGGAUUUUUUGGGAAUUUAUCCCAGGAAGAGCAGCUCAUUGUCAGUAUACCUUUUCAGCCAGAUGGGAGUCCAGACUCCUGUCAGAUGUUUGUAGAGCCUCAGUAUCAUCUGUUGCUGAAUGCUUCCAAAAUGAAUGACCUUCCCACAAUGCCUUGCCAGAGUGGCUGGGUGUACGACAACACCACCUUUAAGUCCACUCUGGCCACAGAGUGGGAUCUGGUUUGUGAUAAGAAAAGUGUGAACAGAGCUACAGCCACCAUCUUCUUCAUAGGGGUCAUGAUUGGAGCAGCAGUUUUUGGAUAUCUCAGUGACAGGUUCGGUCGCAAAAGAACGCUUCUUGUGUCCUAUGUCAUCACCACCCUUUGUGGUUUCGCGACCGCUUUCUCGUAUAAUUUUCCCAUGUUCGCAGCCAUGAGGUUUCUAACUGGAUUCGGAAUUUCUGGAAUAAGCCUGGUCUCCUUCGUCCUUUGUGCAGAAUGGGUGGACAUCAAACAUCGCACUUACGUGUGUGUUUUGAUGAGCUUGGACUGGAGCUUCUCCACUGUCAUAUUACCCGGUUUGGCUUAUGCUAUGAAUGACUGGCGGCAACUGACGGCCGCUGUGACCUCUCCUCUUUUGGUGGCUAUGAUGUGUUGGCGUUCGCUCCCAGAGUCUGCCAGGUGGUUGAUAAGCAACGGGAAAGUGAAGAGUGCUCACUUUCACCUGACUGAGUGUGCUAAGGUCAACCACAGGGAGAAGUUCCUGGCUGACCUGAAGCCGGAGGUUCUGUCCAAAGUAAUCGUUGUAGAAAAUGAAGGUAGAACAUAUUCCUACGUGGACCUCGUAAGGACCCCAAAAAUGAGGCAGCUGACUCUUCUUACAGGAAUUGUGUUUGGAGUGGCCUGUACUUACUAUGGAAUCAGCUUGAACGUCACUGGGUUUGGAGUGAACAUUUAUCUCACACAGUUCAUCUACGGGGUAACAGAGGUUCCAGCAAAAGCCUUCAUCAUUUUCUUUUUGAACAAGAUAGGCCGGAGGUUGACUCAGGCGGGGACGCUCUUUCUGACGGGACUGUGUAUAUUCUGCAACAUGUUCAUCCCUCAAGAUCAGUGGACAGGAAAAACCACUGUUGGGGCUUUGGGCAAGAUGUUUGCAGAAGCAGCUUUUACGACCGUAUUCCUGUACACAACAGAGCUUUUCCCGACAGUCAUGAGGCAAAACGGUUUGGGUUACUGCUCCUUCAUGGCCCGUGUAGGCGUGUCUGUAUGCCCCCUGAUGAUGAUGCUUGACGAUGUUUGGCUCCUCCUCCCAAGUACCCUCUUCACCUUGGUGGCUGCUACUGCUGCGCUGUCUGCUUCUUUUCUGCCUGAGACGAAAAAUGUCCAUCUACCAGAAACCAUUGAGGACGUAGAGCAGACGAGUUUCCUCGGUCGCUUCACGCUUCCCUGCCACUUCAUGCUGAACAAUUUCAUAGCGGCUGUUCCUGCUCACCACUGUGACAUCAGCUCUCUGGAUGAUGGAGGUAUUUUCAAGAACUUAACCCAGACACAGAGGCUCACUGUGGGCAUUCCAGUCCAGCAGGACGGGACUCGCAGCUCGUGUCAAAUGUUCGUGGAGCCUCAGUAUCACCUGCUGUUGAAUUCCUCCAACACUACUGACAUACCCACUGUGCCGUGCCAGAAUGGAUGGGUGUACGAUAAGACUACCUUCAAGUCGACUCUGACCUCCCAGUGGGACCUUGUGUGUGACAGCCGCGGGAAAAACAGAGCGACAGCCACCAUCUUCUUUAUCGGAGUCAUGUUUGGAGCCAUGUCCUUUGGAAGUCUGAGUGACAGAUUUGGACGAAGGAUCAUGCUGCUGGUGUCAUAUGUGACUGGAAUGCUCUUUGCUAUUGCAAGUGCUUUUUCCACCACCUAUGUGAUGUUUGCAGUGCUGAGGUUCUUCACUGGGUUUUGCAUCACUGGCAUUGUCAUCAUCUCAGCAGUCCUAAGUGUAGAAUGGGUGGACAUCGAGCACAGAAAGCUGGUGGGGGUGAUUGACAGCUUGUCCUGGACAUUUGGGAACAUAGCAUUUCCGACCAUUGCUUACUUUGUGACUGACUGGCGAUGGCUGACUCUUACUGUGACAUCACCUUUAAUCUUGGCCAUCAUCUCUUGGAGGUGGAUGCCAGAAUCAGCUCGGUGGCUAAUUGCCAAUGGAAAGCUGGACCGGGCUCAGAUGUAUCUGAAGAAAUGUGCCAAAAUGAAUAAAACAGAAGAUUUGGAUCAUACACUUAAAAAAGAGACAUUAUCCACAAUUGUCGUAACUGAUGAGAAAGACCGAACAUAUUCCUACUUUGACCUGAUUCGAACACCAAAGAUGAGGAGGCUGGCCCUCCGCACCGGUACAUUAUGGUUUUGCGUGGCUACUGCAUUUUAUGGCAUCAGCUUCAACAUCACAGGCUUUGGACUAAAUAUGUAUCUCACUCAAUUCACCUAUGCCUUAAUUGAGCUCCCAGCCAAAGUGUCAGUUUACUAUUUACUGGACAAGAUAGGCAGGCGUUCCACUGAGAUGGGAGCUCUGCUAUUGGCUGGACUCUGUCUGGGAAUCAACAUUUUUAUACCAAAAGAUAUGGCUGUUCCUAGAACAGUUGUUGCCGUCAUUGGAAAAGGCUUUUCUUCAGCCUCCUUUGCAACAGUUGUGCUCUACAGCUCUGAACUCUAUCCUACUGUUGUGAGGCAGAACGGAAUGGGUUAUAACUCCUUCAUGGCUCGGUUUGGCGUCGCCGUGGCCCCUUUGAUCCUCUUGCUGGAUGAGUUCUGGAAAGACCUGCCGCAGGUGGUGUUGUGCUCGGUGGCGUUGCUGGGAGGAAUGGUGGCGAGGACGCUGGCGGAGACACGCAACAGAUGCCUGCCAGAGACCAUAGAGGAUAUCGAGCAGAUGUGG